AUGUGAGCUUACCGGAGCUUACCUCUCAGCAGAUAUGGCGACAGCCGUGAUAUGUGGUGAAUGGAUAGUCACAACAAGUGGGAACAAACUGACAGCUGUACACACCAGAGAGAGUCGAGACGCGUUUGUGUUCGACUGCAGUCAAGUGGAGUUGAAACCGAAGGAGGCCGUCGCAUCCGACAACAGCAGGGAUGAGGGCGGAGAGGGGGCGGGGUCUGAUGCGGUGCUCGCGGUGGCCGCGUCUCCUAGCGGAAGGCUGCUCGCCCUGACCGACGACCGCAAACGCCUGCUGCUGCUGGCGACACAACCGACCUGGCACCUCCAGAGCUGCAGGUGGGUGACGCGUCGCUGCACAGCGCUGGUGUUCUCUGCUGAUGAAGAGUGUGUGUGGGUGGCGGAUAAGUCUGGGGACGUGUACUCCUUCUCCACCUCACACACACACACACACACACCAGGACACCUCCAGCUGGGACACCUCUCAAUGCUGCUGGCCCUGGUGGUAACCGCUGACGACCGGUACGUCAUCACAGCAGACAGAGACGAGAAGAUCAGAGUCAGUCACAAGAGUGCACCCCACAACAUCCAGGCCUUCUGCCUAGCACACACAGAGUUCGUCAGCGCUCUGUUUGUCCCCCCGCGGUACCCUGACCGCCUCCUCUCUGGAUCUGGGGAUGGCACAGUAAAACUCUGGGACUAUGCUACCGGCCAGAGGCUACAGAGUCUAGACCUACGGGAGACACACCAAGAGGAGAGUGUGUGUAUCAAGCGCAUUACCAGCUCUCCUGAUGGACAUCAUAUAGCUGUGCUGUGUGACAGGUUGCCACGGCUGCAACUCUUUGAGAUGACAUCAGGAUCUGAAGCCACACCCACGCAGUGUUUGCCCCUCCCACAGUCACCGUUGGAUACGACCUUUGACCCUCAGGGUCGCCUGUGGGUGCUGCUGGACGACAAACACACACCUGUGCUGCUGUUCACACACACAUCACAGCACUGGGAGUGUGUUGCAGAGCAGCCUGAUCUGAAAAGAGUUUCUGAAGCUCUACUCACUCAUAGUGUGCCUCUGCCAGUAGAGGCAGGCCUGCGGCUGCAGCAGCUGUAUAAGGUGGGCUUUGACAACACCGCCACCUACAGGCAGCGUAAGGAGCAGCGCCUGCAGGAGAGGAGGGACCCCAGCGCCCCCCCACAGGCCAACGGGGCCAAGAAACCACGGCAACAGCACACCAGCCCCUCCUGAUCAUUAUGGGGUGGGAACAAGUUCAAACUUUUAUUUUCACACACAGCUAACUCCCUCUGCUGAGCCCGAGUCUGCCUGUGUCUCGCUUUUGGAAUGAAUAAAACGGUUUAAAAAAGAGCCUCAAUCGACCUGUGUCUCGCUUU